AUGACCAUGUUUUCGUUCGGCAUCCCCUCCAUGCCAUUGCCAGCACACACUAGCCGACCCCAGAGCAACGCCAUGGCCGCAGCGAGCUUCCUCUUCCUAACCAUCCUUGCUGCAGCCACCACCACCCCCACCGCCAAAGCGACUGGAAUAUCCAAGUCCAACGGAAGCUGCAUCCCGGCCGAGAGGGCCGCACUACUCUCCUUCAAGGCCGACAUCACAGGCGACCCGGACAAUCGCCUCGUCUCAUGGCAGCAAGGACGACACGACUGCUGCCAGUGGAGCGGCGUCACCUGCAGCCGCCGGACAGGCCACAUCCUCAAGCUCGACCUCCGCAAUUAUUUUCCAGUUCCAACAAGUGAAAGUUCCCCUGGUGUCGAUGGUUACCUUGAAGACCACUCGCUACGUGGACAGUCUCUCCGGCGGCGGUUUGUCUGCAUCAGGCUCGGGUGAGGCAUCUUCCUUCAUGGCUGAUACAGGUACGGGUCUCGACUGGUUGGGGCACCCGUUGUUCCGAUCUGGUGGCUCUGCCCACUGCUCAUGGGGGCGGGCCGGAGGUGCUGGCCUGCAGGGGAUCUUGGCGGAGGGCGGCAGGGGUGCCCCCGUCUGCGCCGACGUUGUCCCGUGCGUCGCGCAGCUACAGGCCCCACCACCGGGGGAGAAUGUGUAGGUAUCGUCCAACCAAAGGAGGAGCAGGCCCCACCACCGGGGGGGCGAAUGUAUGUCGGAGGCAUGCCGGAUCUAGCCGUUAAAAUCCACGGCAAACCAUACGAUGCCGGAAAUCCUUGGGACCUGGCACGGUGUCGUCAUAUGGCCCUUGUAGGGUGUGGUGAAAGUUUUAGCGCAUUUCGCAGAAACCUAACCUGAGGUCGCUUGUAAACUGCACCAUCUCAGAGAGAACGUGCCCGGUUGGAAGCCCGUUGCUCUAUUGACCUCAAAACUUCUCGUGCUCUCAAAGGGGGCCAUUGCAUGACACGUGACAGUACAUGGCAUUUUUCGGGCCCACUUGCAAUAUUUGAGACAUUUACUGCAUCUGUAGGGUUUCAAUGCGGGAAAUUGCCGAUCUGCACGGCGGCCACCUGAAAUGAUGUCCAGAAGUGGUUCAUCAAAUCAUAUAUGAUGUCUUUGCGGUAUGUGUAGGACUAGUGCAACCCAAGGAGGGGCAUGCCCCACCACCGGGACGCAAAUGUACAUCGACGGCGUGCCGGAUCCAAAAAAUCAAACAAAAAUCAUACGAUGCUGAAAAUCCUCGGGACCUGGCACGGUGUCGUCAUAUGGCCCUUGUGGAGUGUGGUGAAAGUUUGAGCCUGUUUCGCAGAAGCCUGUCCGGAGGUCGCUUGUAAACUGCUCCAUCUCCGAGGUAGUAUCUGGCUAUCGAGAGAGAACGUGUUUAGUUUGUGAAGGAGGUGUGAUGCCAGUUGCUUCGUUGACCUUGAAACUUCCCGUGCUCUCAAAGGGGGCCAUUGCAUGACACGUGCCAGGACAUGGCAUUUUUCUGGGCCACCUGCAAUAUUUGAGAUAUUUAUUGCAUCCGUAGGGUUUCAAUGCGAGAAAUUGCAGAUCUGCUUGGCGACCACCUGAAAUGAUGUCCAGAAGUGGUUUGUUAAAUCACAUAUGAUGUCUUUGCGGUAUGUGUAGGCCUAGUGCAACCAAAGGAGGGGGAGGCCCCACCACCGCAGGGUGAAUGUAACUCGGGGCAUGCCAGAUCUAGCCGUUAAAAUCCAUGGGAAAUCAUACGAUGCCAAAAAUCCUCGGGACCUGGCAUGGUGUAGUCAUAUGGCCCUUGUAGGGUGUGGUAAAAGUUUGAGCAUGUUUCGUAGAAGCCUCACAGGAGGCCACUUGUAAACUACACCAUCUCCAAGGUAGUAUCUGAUUAUCGAGAGAGAACGUGUCCGGUUUUGUGAAGGAAGUGUGUUGCCCGUUGCUCCGUUGGCUAUUUCAACACUUAAUCACACUUGUAUACAUAUAUUAAGACACAAUGCAAGUUUUGGUGGCAUUGCUACCCCCGAAGGCCCCCGACUGGGCCCAACCCACCACCGGAUCCCCCUCGUGUCGACCUGACGCGACCGUUUCCUCCCUCCAAGUGCCGGCGGCAGCGCCUUCCGUGAAGGGGGUCACAUUUCCGGAGCCACAUGACAGGUGUUUGCACCUGACACCACACUUCCAGACAUGUAAGAGGACCCAAUGCAAGAUUUGGUGGCAUAACUAGCCCCCGAAGGCCCCUGGCCACACUCGUAGACACGCGAAGAACAAUCUGUAGUGGUUUUUUUUCACAUACUCUUGCAUCUUUAAAAAAUA